AAGCUCAAUCGGUUCUACCGGAUUCCAAAUUUGGAGCCCGGAUCCGAUUGAUUACUCCCCAAUUUCAAAUCAGACAUAACUAUUCUCUUGCUCCGGCGAAAUCGAGUUUCUAAUUACACCGUAAUCCAUUUUCCGGCGAACUCCUCACGAAAUGCUAGGAAAGAGAGUGUGCAGUGGGUGGCGCCCGUUCCUAUUAUGUUUGCCGUUGUUUUUUGUUUUAGCUCACAUGCUCUCAGUUUUAGAACUACGGCAGCACUCAGCUGCAGGAGUUCCACAAAGGAAACAAUACAAGAAAUCUGAUCAUCUGGUUUUAGGACCUGCUGCUGGCCAAGGGUUGCCUGAUCGACUACAAUGCCAAGGCAACAAAGCUCUCAGCAAGACACAUUUUGGAGCAUCUUCUAAAGAUUUGAAGGCUGGAGGCAAUAUUUCCAUUGUCACUGUCUUUGCUACGUAUAAUACUGCUGUUGAUCAGCAGGCUAGUGGUAAAUCACCAGAUUUGGUUACACUUGGGAACGCUUCCUACAACAAGGUGGAGAGGUCGAUCGCCAUCUUGAAUGUCUUCAUUAAUUUCAUUCAGGAGACCAUGCCUCGGAGCAACAUCGUCAUCCUUACUAAUCCAUCAUCUAAACUUCCAGUGGAGAGAGAUAGACUGACCAUUCUACCCAUUCAAGGUGAUUAUUCACGAGAAAUGUUGAUGCUACAAAGAAUCAGGUCUUACAUUGUCUUUCUAGAAACACGAGCUAUGGAGCAUUCAAAAUGGAAGGGGCAAGUGAAUCAUUACAUCUUUACUGACUCGGAUAUAGCAGUGGUUGAUGACUUGGGGCAGAUAUUUAAUGAUCACCCUGAUUUUCAUGUGGCUCUAACAUUCCGUAACAACAAAGAGCAACCUCUGAAUUCGGGAUUUAUAGCAGUGAGGGGCACUCCUGAGGGAAUUCUAAGAGCAAAGUUCUUCUUGGAAGAAGUACUAAAAGUCUACACGACAAAGUUCAUGAAAGCUUCCAGAAUGCUCGGGGAUCAAUUAGCUCUUGCCUGGGUUGUAAAAUCUCACUCUUCCUUUGAUGUUCGAAGGUUUACCAGAAAACAAGCAUUUACGGACCAAAUUAGUGGCGCUUCAGUGCUAUUCUUGCCGUGUUCCAUUUACAACUGGACACCACCAGAGGGCGCCGGUCAAUUUCAUGGGAUGCCCUUGGAUGUUAAGGUAGUGCAUUUUAAGGGAUCAAGAAAGAGACUUAUGCUGGAGUCUUGGAGUUUCUUAAAGUCAUCGUCAUUUUUAGAUAUUCCUGAUAUGUUAUGUCUAAUCCUACGAAGUGGCAGGACGAAGUAUGAUUUCUAGUUAGAUUACCUUUGGUUACACCAGUCAGAGGGAUCUAUCUUGAGUAAGAAUGUCCACACAUGCAUUCAGAAAAAUGACCGGGCUGUUUGAGGUCGUUGGUAGUAAUGUACAGUCAACAUUCACCAAUCAUGCCGAAUGGAAACUGAGCCUAAGUCAAUGGUUCGAUAUUGCUGCUCAGUUUGUGACUUCAGAGAUUCAGAUGACUGAUGGUUUCUAGCUAUAAUUAUUCUUAUGUUUUGUGUAACUAUAUGUAAGUUCUUGAAUGUCAAUAGUUCCAUGUUUCUUUCUUUCUUCUCUAGAAAUUACAACAGGAUCAGUAUUGAUAUUUAACUUUUGUGGUGUGUUCUAUAGGAACUGCACCACUGAAUUCUCCUUUUAUGUUAUGGAAAAGAUACCACUACUCAUACAA